CGUGAGCAGCCGAAGCAGAAGCGCGGCAGAUGCAAGGCUCGGAGGUGAGCCUGAGUGAGCCGGUAAACGCAGCAAUUUGUCCGUUUGUUUUGAGGCAAGCGUUUGAUGACGCCCUUCUUUUCUUCACGUGCCUGACUGAUAUGUUUUCGGACGAUGAACAGUGUCGGAAACGAAUGCAACGAGCUCAAGAAGGAGUACGACGCGUGCUUCAACAGUUGGUUUUCGGAGCACUUCUUGAAAGGACGUAAGGAAGACCGCUGUGCACCGCUGCUCAAACAGUACCAAGAGUGCGUGAAAAAUGCCAUUCGCACGCACAAGAUCGAACUGUGGGAAGUGGAGCAAGACGUUCUCGGCACCGACAAGGAAAAAACGUCGCCUCCGCCCAAGAAGUAACGCCGUCGUAGUCCCGCGGUCUCCGGAACCGUGGUCAGCGUGUGUGAUCACCGAAAACGUGCUUGUAUGAUGCAAUGUUUUUUUGUUUUAUGUUUCGCUUUAGAGUAAAGCUGGUAUGUUUGGCA